GUCGAAAAAGUAAGAAAAAAACGUUUUUGCUCUUUAGCUCUUGCGUGCGCAAGCCGCCUAUCUUUGUCUAACGAAAUCCACAUUUCGUUGAAAAAUGGCUUCGAUCACGAAUUCGAAGCAUUCAGAAGUAAACGGCGAUUGUGUUUAUACACCACCGAACAUGCCGUCUAAUAAAGUAACCGUUGUUUUGGGUGCACAGUGGGGCGAUGAAGGAAAAGGCAAAGUUGUGGACCUAUUAGCUUUGAAUUCCGAUAUCGUGUGUCGGUGCCAGGGUGGAAACAAUGCUGGACAUACGGUGGUUGUGGAUGGGAAGGAAUUCGACUUUCAUCUACUUCCAAGUGGCAUCAUCAACCAAAAAUGUACUUCGGUCAUCGGCAAUGGUGUCGUCAUCCACCUGCCUGGACUAUUCGAAGAGCUGAAGAAGAACGAGCUGAAGGGUAUGGAAGGUUGGCAGGACCGACUCAUUAUUUCAGAUCGUGCGCACCUGGUUUUCGACAUUCAUCAGCAGGUGGAUGGUCUCCAAGAGGCAGAGAAGGGCAAAAACUCUCUCGGCACAACCAAAAAGGGAAUUGGUCCAACUUACUCCUCUAAGGCCACACGAAAUGGUAUCAGAAUCGGCGACCUCUUGGGCGAUUUCAAUAUGUUUGAGGAAAAAUUCCGAACACUGGCUGAAACAUACAAACGUAUGUUUCCUUCACUUGAGGUGGAUAUUGAAGGUGAACUGAUCAAGUACAAGGAGUAUGCUGAUAAAAUACGACCCCUGGUGAGAGAUACAGUGACGUAUUUGCACAAGGAGAUCAGCAGUGGAAGGAAAGUGCUGGUAGAAGGCGCCAAUGCCGCCAUGUUGGAUAUUGAUUUUGGUACAUACCCGUACGUGACGUCAUCGAAUUGCAGUAUAGGAGGUGUUUGUACGGGCCUUGGCCUUCCGCCGAAACUAAUUGGCGAAGUAUUGGGAGUUGUGAAAGCAUACACAACGAGGGUCGGAGAUGGGCCCUUCCCCACAGAGCUGCAUGAUGAAACAGGCAGGUUAUUACAAGAUCGUGGUCACGAGUACGGUGUGACCACGAAGCGGCUGCGGCGCUGUGGCUGGCUUGACCUCGUCGUGGUCAAAUAUACCGCUACGGUCAAUGGAUAUACCUCAUUGUGCCUAACGAAACUAGACAUACUGGACUCAUUGGAGGAAAUCAAAGUGGGUGUGGCUUAUAAACUUAACGGGAAAAAGAUCGACUACUUCCCGUCGUCGAUGCCCGAGCUUAGCUCUGUUGAGGUGGAGUACAUAACAGUACCGGGCUGGACAUGCAGCACGGCGGCGAUACGGGAGCUCAAACAUUUGCCAUCGCAAGCGCAUCACUACGUCAAUAUAAUACAGGAAUACUUGCAGAUACCUGUAAAAUACAUUGGAGUGGGCCAAGGCAGGGAGUCCGUUAUUAACGUGGCGUAAUUUUAUACGUUACGUACUCGCGUACGUACGUCGUAUACAAAGCGUACGUUGUAUCUGUUUAAUACCUAUCAAAUACAGAAAUACAUUAAGAAUCAUCAUUUUGUUUAAACGUUAUUGUAACAGAUGCAGCGUCGGUUUUUAGCUAAAUAUACAUUUGUAAACGUAGCGAUUAACUGGAAUUUUCAAAUAUUUUUUUUAGUUUUCGGCAAGCAAUCAUUUUUUAUCUGUAUUUUUAUAAAAUGACUCGAAUUUUUUUUUUGAAAUCGCUGCGUUUAGAUUUUCACCAAAUUAAGGGCUUCUAGAAUUGUACUUUGGUAGUUGAAAAUCACAUUAAAUAUUUUAAAAAUAUAUUAAUUACAAAUGAAAAUAAAUAAUUGUUCCACAACGUAUAGAGAACUUAUAGAUGUGAUUUUUAACAAUGUCCAAGACAUAGAUAAUCGUAAAAUAAGAUCAUUAAGUAACAUAGACAGUAUUUUUUUUUAUUUCUAACUUAUGGCCUCGAAUGCCUAACCAUAAGUACCAUUUAAGGUAUAGGUACACACAACGGCAUACGUCAAAAAAAAUUUGGUAUCACUUCUUAAAGCUAAGAUUCAUAGACAAGUUCUAGUGUGAACUAUCGGAUUCUUACAGUAUUUAGAAAAUUGAGGGUUUGCCGUGUAUAUUGAUCGCGCUAAUAUUUAACUGUAAUUAUCAUUGUCCCAUUAGUAGAAUUUGGCAAAAAUACGUAAGAAUAGUUGCAAAUCUUCAACUGGCCAGGCAAAGCACUUGCCUCUGAACAUUUAGCAAUUAUGUAUAUGGAGAAAAAAAAAACGUUAGUCUGCAGGCAAAGCAUUAUUUGAUGCGAUUCUUGAGGGUAUGUAACUGAUUUGGCCGUGAACGCAACUGUACUUAACAUGCAAAUAGAAAAUAUAUUUUAGGUAUUGCUGAAAUUUUUUUUAAUUUUAAAGAGUUAAUAAUUCGAAAAUAUUUACCAUUUGAUGACAAUUUUCUAAACAGGUGCUUAAUCUUAAGCAAUAUUUACUUUAGUGUUUGAAUAAUAUAUAUUUUGUUUAAGACGUUUAAUAUCACUAAUUUUUCUUAUUGAAAUCAGAUUAUAGACUAGCUGAGAUUCGGUAUAAGCUGCGAGCUUUUUUCGUACUGUCUUAGAUUUUCUACGCAUAACAGUAUUGGUGUAAAAAGGUUCCUAAAUUGUUAAUCAAUAGACUUCGAUAUAUUUCAUACUGUUUUACAAAUUUUAUAUUGUUUAUAGAAACCUAAAAAACUGGGUUCAUCUUGAAGUAAAAUAUGUUCUUAAUUGAGUACUUAAAGGGUUUUAAAUUUCACUACUUUACACUGCAAUUGAACCAUAGAAUUGUUUAAGAAUGUGUUUAUUUAUAAUGUAUAUGGUAUAUAAUACACUGUGUCACACAUAAUUCGUUUUAAACUAACUAAAGGGAUCGCUAUUAGAAAAUGUUUUGAGGGUAGAUUUAAAAUCUUAAUUAUUUCUUGUUUUAUAUAGCUGUAAUUGAGCACAAAUUUUGUUUGUGUCUUGUUCAUGUUUCAUAUAAUUUUUCCCAUUCCAAAGAAAUGUAUUUUUUUAUGAAUCAUCGUUUUCUCGUUUACAUUCUUUCUAUGUGUGUUUUUUAUGUGAUAUCUAUUUUAAUUGUAAAUAUUUCAUUACAGUUACUAUUCGAAUAAAUAAUGGUUUAUUCUUUUA